GCAAAAGCUAAAGCAAUGAGGAAAGAAACAAGCAAGAAACUUUGAAGUUUGGGGUUUGUAGGCGCAGAGCUCACAGCAGCGAGACCUGCUCUGCUUUUAAAGCUUUUCUUUUGUUUUUUUCCAUUCCAAAACCACCCCCUUUGCCUUCACGUGACCUUACACUGUCCCCAUUUCCACUCCCUUUCCUUUGCCUUUCAGAUUUGGAUCUCCUUCCCCUUCCAUUUCUCUCCAUUUUCAUGUUUCCAUGCCUUCUCCACCCUCCUCUGUUACUGUCUCCGCCGUCGUUCUGUUCCUCCUCCACCUCUCUCCUCUGUUUUCCACCGCUGACCCUUCUAGCUCUCCAUGUCCGCCGUUCUCUUCCGACCCCGUUUUCCCAUUUUCAUCUCGUCCCGGUCACGGCCAUCCUUCUUUUCAGGUGCGUUGCUCUUCUCCUCACUCUGUUCUCACCAUUAAUGGGAUUUCCUUUUCUCUUCUGAGCUUCAAUACGACCUCCACUACCCUCCUUCUUUCCCCUCUUCCACACAAUGCCACUUACACUUCCCAUGGAUCGAACCACCGCUGUUUAUCUCGUUUCAGUUCUAUUCCCAGCCGUUCGAUUAAUCUCUCUGGCUCCCCGUUCCGAAUCUCAGAUGGGUAUUGUUCUCGGCUCUCUCUUCUCAUCCCCUGUUCGCCGCCGCAUCUUCCCAACUGCAGUCAUUGUCCGUGGGAGUGUAGUCUUAUUAAGAAGCCACUUAAUUUGCUCCAUGGAUGUGGCGUUCAGCAUCAGUCGUUCUUGGAGCAAGGUUGUCAAGGCGAGGUGUUGGAGUAUUUAGACAGGAUUCUUAGAUUGGGGCUUGAAAUCGAGUGGGAUACAGAUCAAGAUCCUUUCUUUAUUAAGUGUACUGAUUGUAAAGCUAAAAAUGGUGUUUGCGGCUUCAAUUCAUCAGACCCAGAUAGGCAUUUCAUUUGCUAUCAUGCUCAAACUCGAUAUACAUAUCCUAAUAGAAUCGCGAUUUUCUCCUCUGUUUUUGCGUUGAUGUGCUUGUUACUGGUUGUCGCCGUCACGACAGCUUUUUUCCGGUCGAGAUGGUUGAGAUCUCUCGCCAUUGAAGUAGACCCGACAACCCAGUUCCUCAGUCGUCAUCGUUCACCUAAUCUUCUCCCGCCGGUUUUCCCCUACGAAGAAUUAGAAUCCUCGACGAAUCGAUUCGACCCGAAGAGGAAACUGGGCGACGGCGGAUUUGGGUCUGUGUAUUUGGGUCAGCUCAACGAUGGACGAUUAGUGGCGGUGAAGUAUCUUCACAAGCACCAUGCUGCCGCUCCUUCCGGCAGGGCGCUCUUCACCAAGUCGUUCUGUAACGAAAUCUUGAUUCUUUCUUCAAUUAAUCACCCGAAUCUUGUUAGGUUACAUGGGUAUUGUAGCGACCCAAGAGGGCUUAUUCUUGUUUAUGAUUAUGUACCAAAUGGGACGCUUGCCGACCAUCUCCAUGGUUGUAAUAGCUUGUACCGGAAGGGAUCUCUGUCAUGGCAAGUAAGGAUUGAUAUUGCUCUGCAAAUCGCCAUGGCUAUGGAGUAUUUGCAUUUCUCUGUGGUGCCGCCGAUUGUUCACAGGGACAUUACCUCUUCGAACAUUUUUAUGGAGAAAGAUAUGAGAAUCAAAGUUGGGGAUUUUGGGCUUUCGAGGCUGUUGGUUUUUUCAGACACGACGUCGGCUUCAUCUGGGUAUGUCUGCACCGGACCUCAGGGGACACCCGGUUACUUGGAUCCGGAUUAUCACCGGUCGUUCCGGUUGACGGAGAAGAGUGACGUGUACAGCUUUGGAGUGGUGUUGUUGGAGCUGAUUUCUGGUUUAAAAGCGGUGGAUCAGAGCCGAGAGAGACGAGAAAUGACGUUGGCGGAUCUGGUCGUGUCGAAGAUCCAAAUGGGUCAGCUCCAUCAGGUGGUGGACUCUGUUUUGGGUAUCGACGGCGAGGUAAUCAACGGCGUUGAGGCAAUGGCAGAGCUGGCUUUCCGGUGUGUAGCGGCGGACAAGGACGACCGCCCCAACGCCAAGGAGAUCGUGGAGGAGCUCCGGCGGAUUCGUAACUGCUGCAGUCGUGGAGGUGUCCGGUCGUCGAUUUCAAAUUGAGUGCUGACGUGGUUGAUUGGUCGGCGAGUUGAUUUACGUGGCUGCCACUUGCGAAUGUGGGCGGUUUGACGAGUUCAAACAAUAGUGACAGGACAUUUUUCGGAUGCUUGCCUGGUAAAUUUCAAAUAUCCACGUGGCUACUGUCACAACUGGGAGAGGUGACUGUAAAAUGUACAUAUUCUUUUGUUUUUUCUUCUAUUUUC